CCAGAGGAGCUGAGGCUCUGAAGGAACAGAGCGGGCUGUGGGGUGGAUGGAAGAGGGAAGAUGUGGUGGUGAGUGUGACCUGUGUUCUCUGUGCUAUUCCAGGGCAGUAUCAGUGUGCUGGUAAUGGGAGCUGGGUGAAUGAGGCGCUGAGCCCAGAGCUGCCGAAAUGUGUUCCAGUCUGUGGAGUCCCCAGAGAACCCUUUGAAGAAAAAAAGAGGAUAAUUGGCGGAUCUGAUGCAGAUAUUAAAAACUUCCCCUGGCAAGUCUUCUUUGACAACCCGUGGGCUGGUGGAGCGCUCAUUGAUGAGUACUGGGUGCUGACGGCAGCUCAUGUUGUGGAGGGAAACCAGGAGCCAACAAUGUAUGUUGGGUCCACCUCAGUGCAGACCUCACGGCUGGCAAAAUCCAAGAUGCUGACUUCUGAGCAUGUGUUUAUUCAUCCGGGAUGGAAGCUGCUGGAAGUCCCAGAAGCACAAACAAAUUUUGAUAAUGACAUUGCACUGGUGCAGCUGAAAGACCCAGUGAAAAUGGGACCCACCGUCGCCCCCAUCUGCCUACCAGGCACCUCUUCUGACUACAACCUCAUGGAUGGGGACCUGGGACUGAUCGCAGGCUGGGGCCGAACAGAGAAGAGAGAUCGCGCUCUUCGCCUCAAAGCGGCAAGGUUACCUGUAGCUCCUUUAAGAAAGUGUAGAGAAGUGAAAGUGGAAAACCCCAAAGCAGAUGCAGGGGCCUAUGUUUUCACUGCUAACAUGAUCUGUGCUGGAGGAGAGAAGGGCAUGGAUAGCUGUAAAGGGGACAGUGGUGGGGCCUUUGCUGUACAGGAUCCCAAUGACAAGGCCAAAUUCUACGUAGCUGGCCUGGUGUCCUGGGGGCCACAGUGUGGGACCUAUGGGCUCUACACAUGGGUACAGAACUAUGUUGACUGGAUAAUGAAGACUAUGCAGGAAAAUAGCACCCCCCAGUAAGGAUUAAUCCGGAUACAUCCCACCAGCCUCUCCAAGGGGCGUGACCAAUGCAUUGCCUUCUGUUCCUUAUGAUAUUCUCAUUAUUUCAUCAUGACUAAAGGAAGACACGAGCGAAUGAUUUAAAUAGAACUUGAUUGUUGAGAUGCCUGGCUGGAAGUAGAGAGGUAGAGUUUGAUCAUAGAAUUGUGCUGGUCAUUCAUUCAUGGUCUGACUCCUUGGGGUCCUUUCCCCUGAGUACCUAUUGUAGAUAACACUAUGGGUGGGGCACUCCUAUCUUGCACUAUUCCACAGGGACACUUUAAUUCUUUGUUUCUUUCUUUACCUGUUCAAAAUUCCAUUUACUUGAUCAUUCUCAGUAUCCACUCUAUAUGUACAAUAAAGUAUGUUUAUAAGCAAA